AUGGAGCCGGUUGGCAUCAUACUGCUCGUGCUGUUUCUCUUCAUCAUAGUCAUGGGUCCUAUAGCAUGCGUCAGAAUAAAUGCCAGGCGCAACACAGCAGAAAAGGUUCACAAUCCUCAGCCCCAUCAGAUGGAUACUGCACGUCGAAAGCUCAGUACCGUUACCACCUCCACAAUUAUGCCCCGACCGAACGAUGUUCCGGCGACCGAUAUUGAAGCUUCGAUUCCGCCGUCCGAGUUCGGUGAAUGUCCCAUAUGCAUCGGCCCUUUGGUCCCGGAACCAACGUAUACCGUUACUCAAGACCCACGUCCGGUUCUUGAACAAGUUUCAACGGUGACGUCUCACGAGACAACGAGUCAAGCGAAAAGCCAAGCGACAGCCGGACAAACUGAAGAUGUCAACGAUACAAACGACGAAGUUAUGACGAUAAAUGCAUGCGGUCAUUCGUUUCACUCGAAAUGUCUCUCGUCAUGGUUUUUGAUCGAUCGAUAUGAUUGUCCCGUCUGCAGGGUACCGUACUAUAAGGGAAUGCCUCGACAUCAACAGUCAUUGAAUGUAUCACCUUUCUGGUAG